CCGCUUCGCCAUCGCUUAGGAAGUACGGAUACAUCGGUAAUCAAACAAUCAGCCGAGAAAAUCAGCAGCUUGAGAAUUAGUAUACGCCUGGCUGGAUGGGUGCUGCCCCCGUCGUCCGUUUUCUCCAAAAUGAGGCUCUGCUUGGUUUUCCAAACUCUGGGCGAACGGUUAGGACAAAGAUGCGGGUUUCGUCGUUGAAACUUGCAAGCGUGUCUCUAGGGAGUAAAUUUGGGUUGGGCAAGCUGCACUUGCCCGUUCCAUGGGAAGUGGCAGAGCUGACUUGCUUGGCCCGACUGCUUCCGCCACCACCUUCCCAAACGGCGUUUCCCCCGUGUCCCCGUCGGUUAGCAAAGUGGCCCCCUGGUUUCCUGGUUGAUGUUGGUUGGUUUCUUCCAGUUGGACCAACCAGCCAAUUCUCUUUACCUGCAUGAGAUCCCAGCCCACUUCUCUUGUAAGCAAUGCGCGUAAACCAGCCUCACCUGGGGUGCUUUGGGUCCAGUAUUAAUAUGUCGACGCAAGACACCACGAU